AUGCUGUUGAUCCUUGCCUGGAUCGGUACCACUAUCGCUGAUAUCCCAAAAUCAUUACUGGUACCGAAUCGUUCCUAUCCUCCUAUAAGGCCAGUAAAUGUUCAUAUGAAAAUCGAUGUGCAUCAAACGUACAUGGAUUUCACCAGUGCUACGUUGCAUGUUCAUGGAACAACGACCUUGAGCUGGAUUGACACCCGUAAAUCAUGGGUACCAUCAGAAGGUGAAAAUACCUUCGAUCUUGAUGCUGCUCUUACUCCUAGCGAUUUUCGAAGGGUUUACAGCCGACUGUGGAUACCAAGCAUUAAAAAUCGUUUCAAAUUGCUUACAUUUAGGAGCACAUCGAAUCUGUUUUCGGAGCGUCUAUUUUUUACAUCGUACGGUGGUGUUUCGCAUAUGUUCAAAUUUAUGCUGAUGGUAUCAUGUCUUAUCACAGAUAUUAAUUAUCCUUACGAUGUUUAUGUAUGUUAUGAAAAAUUCGGAGACUAUGAAGUGAAUAACACUGUGCAAUAUACGUAUUUGCAAAAUACGAGGAAAUUUAUGACGGUCUCCGAAACAGCUUACCGCAGUGGUCACAAAAUCACAAACUAUACAUCGUACAAAUAUGUACAAAAUCUGGAAGAAAUUGACAAAAAUUUGAAAGGUUUAUAUCCGGAAUCUAUAGACAUCGGUUUCACCGUUCAACGAUAUCAACCAAGAGUGGUUGUUAAUUUGAUUUUACCAAUUUAUUGUAUUACUCUUAUGGACGCCUUUGUUUAUAUUUUUGGUUAUGGUAUGCAAAGAGCUUAUCUGCUGCCAGUUUAUGCGACAUUUUUCACGGAUAUUUCAUCAAUAUAUACGAUAAGACGACUGCCUCACAUUACGCGAUGGUUUUUCGCUCGACUUUUUUCGACCUCCGCCUGCUUGAUUGCGAUGAUUUUCACUCAGGCACUCACUCGAUGUUCACGACGUUUCAUCGCUAUCCUCGCCACGACUUCCAUUUUCUACGGGAUUUUCUCAAUUCCAUACGACAUCUUUCGUUAA